AUGGAGAUGGAAUCCGCCGUCCACCGACGAAUCGAGCUUCAAUCGCUCGAAGACUUCACCUACCUGAUCGACAACGUGCGGCGCGCUGCAGCCGAUAGCAUCAAUGCCGCGUUUCCGCCUGUCGAUCCCGGGGAUAGGAAUGGAGAAGACGAAGAGGAGGAGGAGGAUGAGUUGAGAGUCAGGAUAGAGGGGUUGGUUAAUGAUUACAUAACAAGAACCUUCACCCUAGUAGCGCCCAACAUAUCAAUCAACGGGCUGCCCGUGAACGACCCCUCCGAAUUCCUUACCACAUCAUCACCCUUUAGCUCCCCCUCAACCACAACCAAAACCAACGGCACUUCCCGCACCGCAACCAACAAAAACUCCAAAUCCAGAUCCAAAGCCUCAAAAGUCCAGAAAAAGACCACGAAAAAAUCCAAACCCCAAGAAGAAUACGAACCCUUCGACCCCCGCAAACGUUCCCGUCUUGAAUCCCUCGCCCGCGAAGAAGAAGAUCUCCUGCGCUCCAUCGCCCUCCUAAAGCGUCGCGUCCCUUCCUCGGUGGCUACCUCCUUUGCCUCUUCCUUUUUACACCAACAGGCGGUAGACAAGGAAGCGCUGGAGAAGGCGAAGCAAAGGGUUGUUGAGGAGGGGGUGUGGGCGGGGCGGAAGGCUUUGGAGGGGCUUUUACCCUUUGCGUCAGAGGAGAAUGGUGGGGGGCUGGGUCAAGAUGAUGGGGGUAACAAUAAGAUGGAAAGGCAGGAAGGGAUAGAAGACGGGUUUGGGAAGGCUGUGGAAGCAUUGAGGAGGUUGAAGAGUCAGAUGCCGGCUACGGUGGCGAGGAUGGAGAGGGCGAGGGUUGCGGGGGGGUAUGUGGUUGCUGGUGUUAGUGGUGCUGCGCCUGGGGAGGGGAGGUAG